AUGCAGUCUCUCUUUCUUUGUACGCUCUUUCUCUCUUUAAUCUUUCACUCUUUCUCUCUUCCUUUCUUCUUCACUCUUUCUUUCUUCACUCUUUCUAUUCCUCUUCUACAUUCUUUCUCUCUUUCUUUCUUCACUCUUUCUAUUUCUCUACUACAUUCUUUCUCUUUUUCUUUCUUCACUCUUUCUAUUCCUCUUCUACAUUCUUUCUCUCUUUCUUUCUUCACUCUUUCUAUUCCUCUUCUACAUUCUUUCUCUCUUUCUUUCUUCACUCUUUCUAUUUCUCUUCUACAUUCUUUCUCUCUUUCUUUCUUUCUUUCUUUCUUCAUUCUUUCUAUCUCUCUUCUACAUUCUUCUUCACUCUUUCUUUCUUCACUCUUUAUAUUUCUCUCCUACAUUUCUUUCUCUCUUUCUUUCUUCACUCUUUCUUUCUUCACUCUUUCUAUCUUUUCUUCCACACUCUUUCUCUCUUUGCUUCUUAAUACUCUUUUUUCUUCUGCACCCUUUCUCUCUUUUCUUUCUCACUUUUUCUCUCUUUCUUUCUUCCUUUCUUUCUUUCUUCCUUUUUCUUCUACCCCGCUUCUCGUUCUCCUUCUACACCUUUUACCAUUACUUCUUCCAUCAUUCUCUUUUUUCUCUACACUACUUCUCUCUUUCUUUCUUCCUUCAUUCUUUCUACCUUUUCUUCUACACUUUCUUUCUUUUCUCCUUCACUCUUUCUCUCUUCACUCCUGUACUUUGUUUUCUUCAUCACUUUUUCUCUCUCACUGUCUUUCUUUCUUUCCUUCUUUUUCUUCUACCUCGCUUCUCGUUUUCCUCUUACACCUUUUCUCUUUUUACUUUCCCUCUUUCUCUCUUUACCUCUACACUACAUCUCUCUCUCUUUUUUCUUCAUUCUUUUUAUCUUUCUUCUUCCUUAUGCAUAUCACCUCAGCUACACUUCUCAUUCACUCAAUACGUUAUACACUCAUAUAUUUUUCAUGA